AUGGACAUUACCAGUUACGUCCUCCAGGGGCGCGACAAUGCCCUUGUUUAUGGCGACUACUCCACCUACCACACCCAGUUGUCCAAGCGCCUGUUGAGCUCGCGCAAAAAGCUGGGCACUGUUACGCGGAACCGUGGCAAGUUCCAUAAGCCGGAAGCCGUCACUUCUGAAAACAUCGCCAACAACAAAGACGAGCGGGCUUGGGCCCAAGCCAUGUCCAUGAAAGCUGCUCAUGCGACAGGACGCAAGGGAAUCGCCGGCCGCACUAAAUCGCACAUCGUCUCUCGACUCAACCGAGCCGCCAAUACUGCCCGCAAUCUCGUUGGGGCGCUCUCAGAGACCGCCGUAUCGGGCGCCUCGACUCGCGAUAUUCUCGAUGCAAAAGCCUACGAGGCCCUCAUUGUCGGUGCCAUGCACUUUGAGAAGCGCUCCUGGCUUCCAUGUCUCCAGAGCUACGCCGUCUCCAGGGUCAUCUACACAGCAUUGACUACCACUGGCAAGGGCGACAUUUACAAGGACCUUCUUGCCGAUACCAUAGACCCCUCAAUUCGCUAUGCCGCAUACCAGCUCAAGACACCCCGCACCAUUCCCAUCCCGACUAUUGCACACAAAGCCUUUCCCGACUCCGAUGCGGUGCUCGUACAGCAGAUCAACGAGGUCGACCCCGGCGCCCUGUCUGGAGAAUCGGACGCCAAUACAUGUCUCGGAAACCCCGAUAAAGCCCCCGACACAAUUACCUGGCGGUCUCGCGAAGUGCGCAUUGAAGACGCCCAAAUCGCCCUCGCCUGGGCCUCUGUCAAUGCUGCAAAGCAAAGCUUGGCCGAAAACCUGGCCAAGGGCAAAAGCCGCUCCCCUCGUGAGGCGGCGGCUUCCUACGACGACAUCCUGACGGCGACGCAAAACGCCGUGGACGCGACCAAGCAGGCCAUUGACGAGCUUCGAGGCGAAGGCGUCGCGCAGGGCGAUGCCCGCAUGCAGAGCUUGCAAAUCACCCGCACAGCCGUCAACUUUGAAAUGAUUAGCUGGAGAAUUGGCCGUAACCGAGUGCUGACGGGAGAGUCCGACGGUGCGGUCGAGGAACACGGCCGGUCCAAGGCUAUUAAGACGACUGAGACUGAUGGCAAGGGGGGUGAAGCCUCUGGUCCCACUGAGCUCCCCAUCUCACGAAAGCUUACGAAGCUUAAGGAGAAGGCAGCUCUUUACGAUGGUACCCUGCAAAAUCUCGAGUCCAUCAAGGAGCUGCCAGGCGUGGCUGCCGACCAAACGCUUUUGGAUAAGCUGAGCGCCUUUGUCAGCUACUUUUUCGCUCUCAAAGCCUUAUCUAUCGCUCGCUCGCACGCCAUCAUCGGCAACGUCGCAAACGCGCUUGCCCUCAUUCAGCAUGCAUUCGAACGCUGCGAGCUUGCCACGAAGCUGCUACCUGACGCGCCUGCCGGUGCCCCCGGCGCGCCCCCCAACAUUGAGGUGUCCAGCGACGACGUCAAGCGGCUCCUCAACCUCGUCCAAGGCGAGCUCCGCCGCCACCAGGCCAUUGUCCACGUGGACAACCUCCGCAAGGAGGAGCUGGCCAAGAGCACGGCCGCCCCGGCGCCAUUGGUCGAGCGCCUACACCAGUACCCCGCGGGUGGCGUCGAUCUCAGCAACGUCGUCGAGUUCCCGCCCAAGAAGGCGCUCAUCCCGGUGAAGCCCAUCUUCCUCGACGUGGCCUGGAACUACAUUAGCUACCCUGGCAAGACGCCCGUCGCCGCCAAGACAACACCUGCUGCCGCGGCCGAGGAGACGGCCAAGGCCGGCGAGCCGGCGCAGCAGCAGAAGAGAGGAUGGUUUGGCUUUGGCAGGUAA